GUCUCUGCAACUUUCUCUGUGGCCUAGUCGGAAUCCGCACAUGAUUAAUCUCUUUUUUCCUGUGUACGUGAUGCCUCGAAUACUGGAUCUAUCACCCUGCCCUCGGUGACACCUCCCCCCAUUCGUCAACCGGCGUCAUGGAGACGCCAUUGAAUAUUAUCAAACGCUUUCCAUCGGUGCACGUCAGGUGAUAUAGGCACUUCUUCCCUCGGUCGCCUCGCCCCUCCUUUCACACUUUGCCUGCUAGCAUGAAGAACCAUCAACACAUCAUACUCCCACCAAGUUAUCCGUCAAUUCCAUCUAUAUAAUCUUUCAUCGUUAGCAAGUACCAAGCAUGGAUAUCUCAUGUCGAUCGAUCCUCGACGACGAGAUCGAUGCUCUGCGCCAGCAAAUCGAAGAAAUCCGCCAUCAUAACGAGAGCCGUAAAGGAAAAUCCAGAGCAGAUGGAAGUCCUCCCGACCACGAACUUGCUGUCGAAGCAUACCUGGAGGAAAUAAAAAUGCACAUAACCCUUUUGCUGGACAAGAAGCUCGCGGCCAGCAUCGCCCGUGCGGUGGACUCAGACGGCCAGCUGAUUGCAGCGCUUACCCAGGAGGAGAGUGGUGCGAACAAUGAUCGACAACUGGCAAUCAGACUACAUGGAAAUCCUUCGCUGGAGCAGCUGACUGUGAAUGACAGCACAGAAUACUUCCGGGUCCGCGAGCCCUCGGAUAGCGAGGAUGAGUGCAUCGCAGGUCCCUCAAUGACCUAUACCCAGCGACAAGAAAAGGCGAUCGAAAAGUCACAGAGCAAGAUUCAAUGCUGUGUCUGCUACGACAGCUACCAUGCACACAAGAUACACCGUCUGAGCUGUAAGCACACUUACUGCAGUGACUGUCUCAAGGAUCUCUUCUUGAGAGCCACCAAGGAUCAGUCUCUCUUCCCCCCACGCUGCUGUCGGCAGCCAAUCUCCUUGGACGUCGUUCAGACAGCUUUGUCUGAGACUGAGCUUGAUGAAUUCAAGUGCGCGGAACUCGAAUUCUCCACGACAGACCGGACAUACUGCAGCAAUUUGAACUGCGGGAAAUUCAUACCUCCAAGCCAUAUCAAUGGAGAGCGAGCGCAAUGCCCCUAUUGCAACACUUUCACCUGCGCCAUGUGCAAAAAUGCCUUUCACUACGACGACUGUCCCGAGGACACAGCUACUCAAGCCACACUGGCUCUUGCUGCUAACGAGGGUUGGCAGCGCUGCUUCUCCUGCAGAGCCAUUGUCGCUCUAGGUAUAGGAUGCUAUCAUAUCACCUGCAAAUGCCGAGCCCAGUUCUGCUAUCUCUGUGGAAUGAGAUGGAAGACGUGCACCUGUGAACGAUGGGCCGAGGACCAUCUGGUGGUGAGAGCAGAGGAAGUUGUAGAUCGAGAAGCCGUGGAGCCAUUAGCGCCUCGAGUUCGCCAGCUCCGGAUUGAGCAGAUGCAAGAAGAUCUCCGAGGAAACCACGAAUGCGAACACCCUGGGAAAUUCGAGCGAAUCUUUGGUACCGGCAGGCGCCGAUUCCAGUGCGAAAUCUGCGACGAUCGUCAUCGAAAGUACAUUCUCCAAUGCCGGCGAUGUCAUAUUCGCGUGUGUGAAGAUUGUCGACGGAAUCGAAUCUAGCGGCGUGAUACACGUGGAUGUAGUUGUUGAAUCAUCUGAAUGAGUCGAUGGAAUCUACUAGGCUUUUAAGCGCUUCCUGUUUCCUGUCGAUCAAGUUCCUGUUCUAGUAUUGUGUGCACUUCUGACUAGUUGAUUACCCUCUCACCAUACCAAAUCAAAUGUACAACAUUUGACUGCCCCCAUCAUCCGAUCAAUC